GUUCUACGGCAUUCGGGGUUUUCAAAUAAAGGAGAUCAACGCACUGCCCAGGCGCUCACAAGACAUUUUAACGUUAUCGUGUUAACGUCGCGCAUCUGUUUUGUUCCAACAAAACAAGAACCCAAAAAAAGGAGAAGAAAAAAACAUAGAAUUCGAAAAAAAAUACCACGGAAUACAAAAAAAGAAGGAACAUUUUUGUGAAAGGCAAAGCACAAGAUCUCAAGAGACCAAGGAAAAAAGUGAAAUUUUUUAAAACAAAAAAAAUAUUUAAAAAAAUUUUGAAUCCUUGAAAAAUAUCCUCCCAUUCCCAAAAAAAUGGCUCUUCGUUGUGUUGGUCUGCUGCUAAGCAAAGAACUCUCCGCCUCUUUCUCUGGCCUUCGGCAAACUCGUGCUUUGAGUUCCUCGUCACGUUUAUUUUCCAGUGAUUUUCUGAAAAAUUCCCCCAACAAUGCCCUGGACAAAUCGAUAUUGGGCCGUUACAGGCACUUGGAAACACCCAGUGAUCGUUUGCAGGCCACCUACCUGUGGAUCGAUGGCACUGGCGAGAAUAUUCGUGUCAAGGAUCGUGUUUUGAAUAAAAUACCCAAAGAGGUUUCCGAUCUACCCAAAUGGCAAUACGAUGGCAGUUCAACAUAUCAAAGUCAGGGAGAGAAUUCCGAUACCACCCUGGUGCCAAGGGCCAUAUAUCGCGACCCAUUCAAGCCGGGUAAGAAUGACAUUAUUGUUAUGUGUGACACCUAUUUGGCUGAUGGCAGGCCCACACCAUCGAACAAGAGAAAUGCCCUACAAAGUGCCAUUGACAAGGUGGGUCAUGAAGAACCCUGGUUUGGCAUUGAACAGGAAUACACCCUGCUCGAUGUCGAUGGUCGUCCCUUUGGCUGGCCUGCCAAUGGUUAUCCCGCUGCCCAAGGACCCUACUACUGUGGUGUGGGUGCUGAUCGUGUCUAUGCCCGGGAUUUGGUAGAGGCCCACACCCUGGCAUGUCUCUAUGCCGGCAUUGAUUUCAGCGGCACCAAUGCCGAGGUAAUGCCCGCCCAAUGGGAAUAUCAAGUCGGCCCUAGUCUAGGCAUCAAGGCCAGUGAUGAUCUAUGGGUAUCACGUUACAUUCUACAACGCAUUGCCGAAGAAUUUGGCAUUGUGGUCACCUUUGAUCCCAAACCGGUGGAAGGACCCUGGAAUGGCGCUGGCGCCCAUACCAACUUCUCCACCAAAGCCACCAGGGCGGAAGGUGGCAUCAAGGCCAUUGAGGAAGCCAUUGAAAAGCUAAGCAAACAUCAUGAGCGCCAUAUCAAAGCCUAUGAUCCCAAGGAGGGUAAGGACAACGAAAGACGUUUGGUGGGCCGCCUGGAGACCUCAAGCAUUGACAAAUUCUCAUGGGGUGUGGCCAAUCGCAGUGUCAGCGUAAGGGUUCCUCAGGGUGUGGCCAAUGCCGGCAAAGGUUACUUUGAAGAUCGUCGCCCCAGUUCCAAUUGUGAUCCCUAUGCUGUGUGUGAUGCUCUAAUUAGAACAUGUCUGCUGGAUGAGUAAAUAACGGGAUCUCUCUCGCUCUCCCUCUUUGAUCUUUGUGUAAAUAGAAUACAAACAAGAACUGAAUAAUGCUAAUCACAUUAAUUAUUAAUUUUAUUAAGUAUUAAGCUUUAUAUGAAACAAAAAAAAAAAACAACAUUUAUGUAGCAUUUAAGUGAAUUUUUUUUAUUUUUUUUUUCAUUUCCAUUAAAAAAUCCUAUUUUAAGUUUAAUAAAAGAAUAUUGAAGAAAAAC